AUGGGGACUAUUGAGCUUUCGCGACGACGACUUCGCUCUUCCAAUGAUGACGCUGAAGAUCUUCAACAUCUACCCAACACACCUAAUACGCCAACUCGACCGGCUCCCGAUGCGACUCGCCAACAAAGAGUUGCAAUUGGAUUUGCUGAUAUCUACGGAUCUUUGACUACCAGGCAGCUCAGUGUCAUUACAAUCGGGUCCGCGAUUGGGACCGGACUGAUGGUAACAAGUGGGCUGGCCAUGUCGAUGAGUGGCCCGCCCGCUCUCUUGAUCUCAUAUUCGGUUGUCGGAUUUACGGUAUACCUGGUCCUCUCGGCAUUGGGUGAGGUCGCUGCGUGGCUACCAGACCCAUACACUGUCGCUGAUCAAGCUUUUCGCUUCUGUGAUCCAGCCUUGGGCUUCAGUCUCGGGUGGAUAUAUUGGCUGAAGUAUGCUAUCAUCACCCCAAAUCAACUGGUCGCAGCAUCAUUGGUGAUAUCCUUCUGGGUCGAUCCGGAUUUUGUGAACCCCGGAGUCUGGAUUACCAUCUUCCUUGUCACAAUCAUCAUCCUCAACUGUGUGCACCAUCGAAUACCCAGCCAGGUCGAGUUUUACGUCUCGUCAUUUAAAUUGGUUGUUAUGGCCGCUCUCAUGAUCUUAUCUUUUGUCAUUGCCCUCGGUGGAGGACCAGACCGUGAUAUUCGGGGCUUCCGGUACUUCAGAGAAUCAGACGACUUCGAAGAUGAUGGCGGCAGGAGUGCCCUUGGAAGGUUUUUCAUGGCUUGCGGAACGAUGUCGCCGGCAGCGUUUGCUUAUGUCGGCAGUGAGAGAUCGGGUAUCGUGGCACGAGCUCCGAAUACCAAGAAGGUCAUCUCCCGCUCGAUCAAUCAUACUUUCUAUCGUCUCCUCGUCUUUCACCUCCUCGGGAUCACUCUUGUUGGUAUGAUGGAACCUCGGAAAUUCGUGUCUGCGGCAUGGAUUGAGAGCCUGGGCCUUGAUUACUCUCGCAAGGCAAAAAAUCCGGCCGCAUCACCGUUUGUUGCUGCUUUAUGUCUUGCACAGAUAGCCAUCGCCCCCCAUCUUUUGAACGCCUGCAUUUUGAUCUUCGUUUUGUCAAUCGCGAACUACGACCUAUUCCUCGCUACCAGAGCAUUGUGCGAUCUUUCAGUGAAGCGUCGCGCCCCGAAGUUCCUAUCGCAAACCAACAGGAGAGGCGUGCCUUUCUACGCACUUGCCAUUUGUGCUGCUCUGACGACAAUUGCCUACGUGAAUGUAGGGCGGGACUCAUCCCGGAUAUUUAGCUACUUCGUCAAGAUGGUUACCAUGCUUGGUCUUCUCACUUGGAUGUCAAUACUCGUCACUCAUAUCUCAUUUGUACGGGCUCGAAAGGCGCAAGGGAUCUCGGAUUCCGUCUUGGUCUUCAGGGCCUCAUUUGGAAUCACAGGUAGCUGGAUUGGCAUUCUACUCUGUGUCUUUAUAUCAUCAACCAUGAUCUUCAACUCCAUCAGCAUCGGGGAAGGAAGGGUGACAUUCAAUUACCGUUCCUUUGUGGCAGCCUAUAUUGCCGUUCCUUUGUAUUUCAUACUGUAUGUUGGAUAUAAACUUGCCGUCAAGAGCAAGCAUAUCAGCGCUACAAAAGCUGAUCUCUGGUCUGGGAAGAGCGACAUUCAGCCGAGGGAACCAUUGACCACUUGA